AUGAAUACACUGAAGUCUUUGGCAUCAGCACAAAAAUUGACCAAGGCUGAUAUCAUUCCUCUUUUUUCUAAGUUAGGUUAUCCGUUGCCAAUGACUACGCGUAAGAAUGAUCUUCUUGAAUCUUUAGAAAUCAACCAAGAGGAAAACUAUGCUGAAUCUAAGAGAAGCUUGACUGCAAAUGGAAGAAUGAUAAUUGCAUUGGAUAUGGGAUUGAAAAAUAUGUCAAUGGCAAGGCUUUGUCUAAAUAAGCGACAAAAGCUGCCCACACUGUACCAGUGGUUCAAAAUGGAUCUCGAUCCGUUAGAAUGCGCAUUCAAUCCGAUCAAUUAUUCCAAUAUAGCAUUAGAUUUCCUACAUGACCAAAUCAUCAGUGAUGUUACCGUCAGGGGGAGCAACCAACAUAUAUCGGUACUUCUGGAGCGGCAGCGGUUUAGAACAGCUGGAUCAUCGGCGGUUUUGGAGUCAACAUUAAAAACGAACACAUUAGAAGCCAUGUUAUGUAUGGGUGUCGCUACUCAUAACAGAGCCACCAAAAAUACUGAUAUACAAAUAAAUACUAUAUCAAGUCCUCCGGGGGCCAUGGUAAAGUACUGGCAGCGAUAUUUUCCGCCAGAAGAGAAGUUCAGUGAGAAGCAGAGCAAGCAAUUCAGAAUGGACUUAGUAUUGAAUUUCCUGUUAUCAGUUUUGAAACCUUUAAAACUAUGCCCAAAGAAGGUAAAAGAGCAUGCGCUAAUAAGUUCUUUGCCUAACCCUGAGAAAGCCAAACCGAAGUUUUCUCUCUCUGAACAACUCGUGCAUGGCCUUGUCACUAUACUAAAAACUUCAGAGGGAGAAAGAAGAUGGAACGCCGCUUGGAGCUUCAAGUCUCAAAGCAGAAGACUUUGGGAGGUUGCCCGAAUAAUCAAUGAAGCCAAUGAUGACGAUUAUAGAGUCAGUGAUGACGGGUGGGGAGUGAAAAAAGGAGAUGAUCUAGCAGAUUCUCUUCUCCACGGAAUUGCCCACCUUGAGUACCAACAGAAUCGGGAAGUCUUUCACAAUUUAGUUCAAGAAGGUGGAGACAUACGAUCCUUUUUACUAGCAUAA